GUUGCUCCCAGAAAGAUUGCCGCAGGAAAGAAGUGAGGUCCUAUCGCUCACUUGGCAUGCAAGCUCGGCAUUGAGGGAACAGAACGCACUACAGACGAGGGGCAAGGCGGACAGAAGUUCAACAGCAUCACUCACUGAGGGUUGUUACGAACUCCUUUCCUAACGCGGAUGAAACGGAACUUUUAAUUGUUCGAUCACGCACGCUAGGAAGCAAUAUGUAUGCCUCGUGUAGGUCAGCUUGCUCCUUCCUUAUAACAGCCAUCGUCUCCUCUCGCUUUCCAUCAUACCCUACUAAGCUCAUUUCUCUGUGCGUUGAACGCCAAUGGCUCUCGAUUUACCGCCUCUCCGGAUUGCUCUGUACUUUACUCUCGGUGUAUUCUCCAUAGUCCUUCUCGGGCUAACCUCCGCACGAGUACACUAUACCACCCACAUCCCAGCAGGUGAUCCUCUCAAUGGCGGUGUCAAUUUCUAUGACCCUAUUGUUGUGGAGCUGUUGGUUACCACCCUCUUAACGUUGGCGUGGUGCAUCUAUAUCGUUCGUACAAUCCACAAGCGUAUUGACAACGGUUACAUUUCCACAUUCCGCGGAGAGCUCAUCGGUCUCUUCGUUCUCUGGUUAUUCUGGAUAGUGGGUGCGGCAAAAUCCAGUACAAUAUGGGGCGACCUGGGUUGGUGCCAGCAGUAUCAGCCAUGCCGAAUCCUGACCGCCAUGCUCGCAUUUGCUUGGCUGGGAUGGAUCAUUCUCACGGUCAUCAUGAUUUUGAGCAUCAUUUUCUCCGUGGUGAAUGGUGCCUUUAGGGAGCCCCUGCAUGGCCGGUGGGAUCCCAGGGCAAGCGUUUACACCGGAAACAUGUCAACACGCAACUCUACCACCGUGUAGAUUUGUGCAUGUUCCAAGACGUAAAGGAUGCUUCGCAGUGAUCCGUAUUUUCUGUUGUAUCUCGUAUAAUCAUUAUUGUCCUCGAAGGGAAUUGUAGUACCUGAUCGACCGUAGCACAAUUCCUAUAAUAUUAAUUGAAAUGUUAUUCAGGCUCUUCGCGAGAUGCAAGCUUCACUUUGAGCGGCAGUUGGACGCCUUUCUCCACAUCACCUUUCAUUAUACCACAUGGUUCUCGCCGGGUUCGCUCUGCCUCUGUGGUGAGUUCAGCGAAAAAUGCGUGCAUCUCUAGUGUGCCGGAGGUAAAGAACGUAAGGGUACCUGGCUGAGGGGAAGGCACCGAAAUCCCCAGAAGAUACAUUCCCUUUGUCCAUCCACGGGAGUGAAUCUAUGUGCAAUCAGUCAGUUUUAG